CUCAAAUCAGAUGUGAGAGAAAGGCAGAGGAACAACACGCAAAACCUCACUUUGUCUUCAUCCUGUUUUUUAAAUUGUUCUGUUUCUAGAAUCUACCAGGGAGCAGUCGCAGAUUCUUACCAUUUCAGGUAAUCAUUGGACAUAAGAAGUCAAAUCAGUGGAAAGCAAACAAAUUGAAUGAAGGCAAAAUACCAACAUGCAAAUGUUUGAGAGGAAACUGGAGAAUGAGAGUGUUGUUCAACAGUACAUCAUGUACAUUAUCGAACAUGUUUUUCACAGCAUGUUACCCUCCAAAGUCCAUGGAGCCUCCCAUAGGAUGAGUAACAAAGAUGGUAACUAAGGGAGUAUGAUCUCAAAUCCUCAGAGGAGGAAGUAUGUCAGAAAACUGGAGGUGGCUCGCAUGGAGACAGGUUCCAUAACGACCGGAGACCUAUUAAGAAAAUCCUCACACCCCACAACUUUUUGCUGUUAUGGAAAGGAAAAUAGAUCAUUACAAAAUGCAAAUCUACAUCAAAACCACUUGUAAUGUGUGUUGAUAUUAAUGCACACUUUGAAUUAUGUCAUUAUGUUCAACAGACAGGCGGGCAGGUCUUUUCACCAUGGCAAAAGGAGGAACAUUUUUCUUUCUACUCAUUGUGGCCUCUGCUGCCUUGGCUAAGACACCAGAUACAGUGCCUGGAAAUAAACCUGACUUCAAAGACAUGGCCAAAAAACUGAUGAGGAAGUGCCACAAUAACGGAUACCCGGUGCCUGGGAUGAUGCUACUGAAAAAUGUCUUCAAUAACAGUGACUUACCUAUGGAGGGCAGAAACGCUGACCCAUCCAACACCUUCCUGUCUACUUUCCUCAACGUCCUGGACUCAGUCUCUCCCGUCAAAGACUCACUUAGCCCAGUCCCCUUGGAUGAUAAAAUGACAAACAAGAUGUGGAAUUGCAGCAAUCUUCCAACGAUAAUCAAGCUGAUGAGGAACUCCUCUGAGGCAUCUGCAUGUUACAUGCAAGCAUUUGUGGCCCCUCUGUCCUGGGCGACUUUGACCACACGGAGUGAAAACAACAUGGACUCGGACGACUAUGACACACUGCUGUGGGCUGCCAAACCUGCACUGCAGGAUAUGCCUUCAACAAGAAUGAACCUUCCAAUCAAUGUAGAGGGCCAAAACGUGAAAAAUAUGAUGAAGAUGCUGCAGGAGGUGUAUGAUCCCAUGUCUGAAGACAAAAUGACUCAGGUGGUAAAAUGGGCAAAAGAGCAGAUCACCAAGAACUACUUCAACUGUACAAUGAGGCCACCAUCUGACUUAAUGCUGAUGGAGCGCUGCAAACCUUCACUGAAAUGGCUGAACAUGGAGGUGUUGACCAUGAUGGGACCUUACCUCUCCCGUUUGGCACCGGACGAUGUUGAUUCUUCUCCCAAAGAAAAGCUGUGUGAAUUUUUCCGCUCAGCCCAGUUCAAAUCCUCAUUGAGCAUGGCCACCAAGAUGAAGCCCAGCCUGGCCAAUAAGUUUCUCCAAAGAUUUCAAGAGUGCUUCAGUGGACAGAAGGAAUUUGCAGAGCAUGUGGACAAGCUCGGCACACUGGCCUGUUAUUAUUACGCUGCUCCAGACUUGACUGCUAACCUCAGCAGGGAACUCCUCUCUGAGCUUGACAAAUGCUAUGACUGCGACAACCCCAGAAUCAAAAAGCUGAAGAAGCACCUUGUCAAGUCUGUGAUGGCAAAUUCCACCGCUGCUCAAGCACUAGGUAAGCUUGGCAGCAGUGUUGCCUUGUUGUCUCCCAAACAACUGUCUGCAAUCCCUGGCAACGAUCUCAAAGAGGUUCUCAAAAAUCUGGGACCCACUAUCCCAUGGACACAGGGCCAGCUGCGCACCCUGGUCAAGAAACAGCUGGGCAAUAAAAAGUGUAAAGAGCUGACGGGUGAGGAGCUCAUGGCCCUUCAGUCGGUUGCAGGAGGUUUGCCAAGAUGUGUGCUCAAGCAUGUCAAAGCCCAGGAGAUCCUGAAUAACACAGAGGCCCUGAAGAACAUCUCCAAGCAGAUGAAGAAGGGGCAGUUGAAGGCCAUGCUGCAGGGGCUGCUUGAGGGUAUGGGUCCCUCAGAGCUGGUGCAGAAGUUGCAUGGCACUUUGCUUUGCAGCGUUUCUCUAAACAACCUGGACAAAGCAAACAUCACCUCGUUGGACCAAGUGGAGGAUAAAAUGUGGAGUCGGCCACAGGCAGCGUACCUGGCAAAAAAGAUGCAUGAUCUAAAGCAGCUUCAGUAUAGGAGGCUGCGUUCAGUCCUUCAGGGAAUAACCUGCAAGAUGAUUGACAAAGUAGCAGACAGUGAUGUGCAAGACAUGGCUCAGGCCAUAACAGAGACUCCACGGUGGCUCUCCAAAAUGCAGGUAGGAUGUGCUGCCCGAAAGCUUUUUGCGACUUUGGAGAAAGAGAGAGCUGACUAUUUUAAAACCAUCACUGAUGCAGAGAUGAAUGGGAUUCCCACAUUCUUACUUCUUCACCUGAUGCCUUCGAAAGUGAAGGAUUUGCCUGACUCCGCGUGUCCUGUCUUCCUCUACAAGAUGGAAGUGGCCAACCUGAGCUUGUUACCUCUUCGUGCCCCAUCUCGCCCCGCACUCACCCAGAGAGCUCUGCUUUGCCUGGCAAAUGGGACAGACUUAUCUGGACUGACUACAAAGGAUGUGUCCAGGCUUGGACGCCUCUUGUGUGAGCUUCAGCCUUCCCAACUGCGCCUCAUGGCCCCCGAAGUCCUCAACUCCAGCCUCCAGGCCAUGGCUUCGUGCCAGCACAUUCCUCAACGCCACAGGGCAGAUCUAAUUCAGCUGGUCAACCAGACUUUUGGGGAUCCAUCUGAUUGGUCAGCUGAGACUAUGGAAACACUGGGGCCUCUGCUCCUUUUGGAUGAUUCUGCCACAUCUGCUCUGCCCAAUAAGCCUUGGAUGAAGGAUGUUCUCUAUUUCCUGAAGUCGCGCCUGUCCCACGCCUCCGACGCCCUGAGAAGGAAGUUAUUCAAGCUCACCAUCACAUCAAAUGCAGCACGUAAAAAGAGAGCAGCCAACAGUCAAUUCAACAAUGCUGAAAAACCCACUGUGGAGUUGAUUGAAGAACUGGGAAUGGACAACGUCUACUGGACAAAUGCACAGCUGAAUCAGAUGUCAGGUGAAACCUUCCUUGCUACUGUGGAAAUACUUGGGGCCAUCACUGACUACAACGCAGACCAACUGGCCGUGCUCAGUAAAAAAGCAACUGAGUUCUUGGGUCCAGUGUCACAGAUGACAGAUGACAGUGUGGUGAUGCAGAUGGGAUGUAUAACUCAGGGCUUCUCCAACGCAGACCUGGAGAAGCUCCCCUUUUCACUGGACAUUCUGGAGGAAAUUGCCCACUGUCGCUGGAAUGAGUCACAGAUGAAGCCGGUGUGGAAGGGUGUUGCUAAAUAUAACAACCUGACAGCGCAGCAGCUAGGAGCUACAGAGAUGGUAGCACUGAACCGGUUCAUCUGUGGCCUAAACUCCAGCGAGAUCAGACAGCUCAACCGGGACGCCUUCAAGGACGCUGUGGGCUCCAUGGAUGGUGUUCAGUGCUCCUUCAUGGUUGCACAGCAGUUGAAAAGUCUUGCUGUGUCUGCAUUUGGAAAUCCCAAUACCUGGACUGAAGCACAAGUGUCUGACCUGGGCAACUUUAUUGCUGGGUUGAAUGCAACUGAGUUGGUUUCUUUAGAUCCGUCUGUCUUCUCAUUUCUCAGCGAGUCGUGCAUCCCGCUCAUACCACCAGGCAACUUUGCUGCACUCUCUCUUGCUCAGCUGGAGGCUCUUGGACCUGACAACGCUGCCAUGGUAACCAGUGAACAGCGAGUUGCCCUGAGAGACGAGCAACUGGCCGCUCUUGAAAGGGCCGUGACCGGGUCUUGGAACCAAACACAAAACCCUGGCCAGUCAGGAGCUCCAUCGCUGAGUGUCGAGGGGAUCUCAGCCUUCGUGAAGCCCCUUCUGUUUCUCCUCACGGUCUUCCUGCUACUGUGAGAACAGAGAACCACCACAUCCUACUGCAAAACUGCCAGGAGCUUUAGCUAACCACAUACACCCAACCUCAUUUCCUGAGUUAUCAAUAUAGUUCAAUAUAGUGCACUUGUGACAUGUAAUUAUGUUAUUUGUGAUGAAGACAUGUUUCUCAUCGAUUGAUUGUCUGAGAUAGUUUGUGAGUGCGCGUAGGAGUGUGGCUGUUGUAAACAGUAACAAGUACACAACAUAAUCAAAUUACCUGGUAAGAUGUGUAAUAAUUCUUUACUAAAUCAUUACUUUUGUUAACUUCACUUUUAAACAUUCUGUCUCUAUAUAUUUAUAAGAAAGUAUAUUUUAAUAGAAUGAAGAUUAAUAUUUAAUGUUUGUCACUCUGAUGUCCUCUAUAUGGGAUGUCUUAAGAUCUCAUUUGGAUGUCUGAUACUGUACUGACAAAAUGACAAAUGGUUAAACUCAAUAAAAAAAUAUACUUACUCA